AUGAAUAACUUAGAGAUUUAAAGCAAAGUUUAUCCUAAAACAUAUAACUCCAAUUUUUAAUUCGUAAAGGAGCUUGGGACUGGAUCCUAUGGUACGGUAGCUCUAUACUCAAAUGGAAAUGAGUAAAGGGCUAUAAAAUGGUUUGAUUAAAGGUUUUGUCAAAGUCAUGUGCAGGAAUCAGUGAACCUUAGAAAAAUCUAUGAAGCUUAAAAGUCAAGCUAAGAAUUUUUGACCAAUUUUGUUACUCCAAAAUAUUAUAAACAUGGCAAUGUGAAGGAAGACGGCAAACAGUACCUUUAUAUUGAGAUGGAGUUCAUUGAAGAUAGUAUACUAGACUACUAUGAAUAACUCUAAAGAGAGUCCACCGACAAGUAUUUAAUUCGAUUUUGUAGAGAAAUGUUUGAGGCAGUCAUGAAAUUUCAUAAAACUAACUAUGUGCAUGUCGAUAUAAAGCCUGAAAAUUUCAGAGUCUAAAAUAAAAAGAUCUAUUUAAUUGAUUUCGGCUCAAGCAAAUAGUUUAUAACAUCUGAGGGAUCUCAUAUAUAAUAUAGAGAAAACUUGAGUUUCAGAGGCACGCCAGUGUUUGCUUCUAUAUAUGCUGCUAAAGGUUUUGAGAGUUCAAGAAGAGACGAUCUCAUAUCAACUGCCUAUUCUAUCCUUUGGAUUAUAAAUUAGAAAUUGCCUUGGAUUUCAUAGUAUAUAAUUCAUUUAGACGAUAAAACAAUUAAGGAAAUAGAGAUAAUGAAAAGCAAGCUUUCAGAGAGUGAUUUUUAAACGAGUUAUGAAAGACUACUAGUCAGAAUUAUCAAAUAUCUAGAAAGUCUUAAUUUUGAGGAUAAUGCGGAAAAACUAGAGGAUUAUCUAUAGGAACUUGAAUCCUUGUUCGACCCAGUCCACUAAGUAAAUUUCAAUUUAGACCAAAUUGUGAUAGAAAAGACAAUCAAGAAUGAUUUCGGAGUUCAUGUUGAUAUAAUCUAGUAAGUGGAUUAGUCUGUAUAAACUCAUGAUGAAUAAGAAAAAAUUCCUGAUGAACUAGAAAUAUUAGAAAAAGUUGAAAUAGCACUACAGGAUCAGGAAAGUUAGACUGAACUAAUUGAUAACAAAUUAGAAAUAUAAAAUUUAGGAGAUAAUGAAUUAAAGAUUACAAAAUUAAAGAAAUCUGUUUAAACACAAUUUCAUCAAGAAGAGGAGAAGUAGCCUUUGAGAAUUGAUUAAUCAACUUAAGAUUAUUUAAUGCUGGACAAAUAUAUCUCAAAUCCUUAAGAUAAAGAGUUCAAUUCUACCAAUUUUGACGAAAAGGAUAAAUUAUAAGCUUAUAUUCAUCCAAUAUUAAGAAGUUUCUUUUCCGUAAUGAAUGAUUAGAAUUAAAAAACAGAUACAAUUUUAAAGAAAUUGGAUAACAGAGAUUAAUUAAUAAGUUAAUAAUCAAUUUGA